AGCUGCAGAUCUAGAUCCUUUUAGAAGGUUGUGACAUCCAUUUAGUCGGUUAUGACUAACACUUAAAAGAAUAGCGUAGCACAGCACAGCACAAUAGAAACUAUUAGAAUGCAUCAAAUGUCACAAAGGCUCUCCUACCAGGAUGACGAAAAUCGGCAACUGACGCUCCUAGAGGAGGAUAAGAGGGACAUCCAGCAAUCUCCGAAGAGGGGUUUCCUCCGCUCUGCCUCACUAGGUCGAAGGGCCUCCUUCCACCUGGAAUGUCUGAAGCAACAGAAGGACCGAGGGGGAGACAUCUCUCAGAAGACAGUCCUGCCCUUGCAUCUGGUUGAUCCUCAGGUAGCUCACACUUUUGGACAGGCCACUGUCACCUGCCGGCAGGCCAGACAGUCCCCAGGGUGACAGACAAAUCCUGAAGACCUCAGCGGGUCUUCCCUGUCUCAAUGGCUGGCACAUCCAGGAGUCCAGGAGAAGCAGGUCUUUCCACGCCCAAGUUGGUAGCUUUCUGGGUAAGAACACUCUGAAAACGAGGACUCUGGAAGUUAUUUUGAGCCCCACAAGAUCAGAGAUAGCCACGUCCAAGCAUAUUUGUGUCUGUCCACAAGUGCAGCCUUUUAUUCAUUUAUUUCAAUAAUAAAAGAUGUGAGCUACAUGAAGGAGCCAAGGAGACAGUUCUCCACAGAGCCUAUUUCUACAAAAGAAUUUCUCUUAUAGCAAGAGUGCUAUGUACAGAAGUCAUCCAAAGGGUUGUGUAAAGUAACAAACCUUUGGAUGGUUACUUUACACCAUCCUUUACAAUAGGCCUUACAAUACACGCCCACCACUCCUAAAGGCAAAGAAGUAGAACACAUGUUUAGGAGAAGGAUAGAGUGGAACCCUGGUCAUCGGGGUUUUUAACUUCAUCAAACCAUCAUGGGAAAGGUGGCAAAGGAGGAUGAUGGCAUCUCCGUCCCUAGAGGCCUAGAAUAAUUGAAAUAUCAUUGUCAAGGAUUAGAAACGAUUCAGCAAAGAGGCCACAUAAAGGGCCUGCUGACUCCCAGAAGGCCUCUUUAGACCCCAGGGGAGGCAAAUACUUGCCGAUGGAGUCUGGGCCAAUUCCAUAUUUUAAAGAAGACCUGCCUCUGGGGCAAAUGUCAGCACAGAGGACUGGGAGGAGAAUGGAGGCAAGAAAAGGGCAUAUUUUGACUCCCUCUGUGUCUCUUCCCAGUUCAUGGAAGGACGUGUUCAGCUCACCCACCCACAGUGAUCAGUGUGGUGGAACCACUGGCAU